CGCCAUUUAAAAAGAGAGAAGAAGAAGAAGUGAAGCAACAUGGCGGCCGGUGGAGUGUCCGCGGAUGGAGGAGACAUCAUGAGAUACGCUGAAUAUUCUCCUAAAACAAACGCCAGGAGUGAUGCAGAGAUAGACAGACGGCUGGGACAGACUCUGAUUGCUGUUGGUCUCGGUGUUGCUGCUGCAGGUUUUGCAGGCCGCUAUGCAUUCCAGCUGUGGAAGCCUCUUGGACAGGUUUUCUCUGAAACUGUCAAGAAGAUGCCCACAUCGGCGUUCUCAGCGUAUUACAAAGGAGGCUUCGAGCAGAAGAUGUCCAAGCGAGAGGCCAGCCUCAUCCUGGGCAUCAGCCCAGCCAGCACUAAGGCCAAAGUACGAGAGGCUCAUCGAAGGAUCAUGGUCCUGAACCAUCCAGAUAAAGGCGGGUCACCGUUUGUUGCUGCUAAGAUCAACGAGGCCAAAGACCUUCUGGACAAAGAGACCCGCCGAUGACCUGAACCGUUAACGAGGACUUUAAAGACUUCAUCUCCUUCCAGCUCUGCAGCUCCGCUCCGUCAGCUUCCACAUCAGCUCCACACCAAGACAUCCGUCCACUCAGGCUCCUGGAAGAUGGAAAAACAGAUGCUUUCAUGACGGUUUCCUUCCUCAGCUGACGUUAAAUCAACUCUGUGAACAUAUAAAUAUGUAUUUUACCUGAGAGGGGAGGAUGUGAAACCCUUUAGGUGUUAAACUGGAACAGUGCUGCUCUUCGUCUCCAUGUUUAGCGUUUCGGUCUGAGUGUACAGAUAUGUGCAUGUACAGCGUUACAUAAUGAUCUAUUUAAGCAACAAUAGAGUAAUAAAGUCACAUUUCCAUAUUUAAACAGUUAAAUGAAAGCAGUAAACAUCAAUAAACUUUAUUUGUCAACA